AUGGGGAGAUACGAGUCGCUGCGCCUGGUGGCAGACGCCUAUCCCGGUGUCCCCCAGGUACGAGUCCAGGGUGCAAUGGCGCUGUUCAUUGCCAGCUCGAUCCUAUGGGCGCUGAUGUGGCUCACCUACCGCGCAUAUCAAGUCUGCCUCACGCCGAACGAGCUACUUGUUGAAAAACUCGGCCUAGACAUUCCUCCCACUCCCGAAGUGAUUCUGGAAGAGAUAGGAGCCACAGAUAUACGGAUAGCCUGGAAAUAUCCUGAGCUGCAAAACUCCGUCCACAAGCAUGCGGUCCAGGUGAAUGGGAUCAGAGUUGGCGAAACAAAACGCUCCGAGACGGCCGUUUCCAUAUUCAACCUUCAGCCCAGCCAUAUAUAUCAUAUAUGUGUAAUCGCAAUCAGCUCGGCCAAUUUCCAGACCUGCAGCGCUAUUCUCCAUAUCCGCACCGGCCUAGGAUCAUUCCCUCCCGAACAAGAUCAUGAAAACCGUGGACCUCCUCUUAUUCAAGCCUAUGUGCCCAAGGCUGCCACAAUCGUCUCUCCUUCUGCACCCGUCAUGUCAAGAGAACACAGCGGUGGAGCAGCGCAAGCUAAACGCUCUGGUGCAGGGAGAAGGUCUAUUGGAUCGACAUCGGCCCAGGACAGCAAUAGCCCGCAAACGUUAGAUGAUGGGGAGGUUGCAGGGGCUGGCGAACAUGAAGGCUCUUUAAAGCAGCUGGCUGAACGGCUGAAAGUGCUGCAGCAAGAAAAUGAGUCUCUGGAUAAGCAGCUAGCCCAGGAAGACAAGGAAUACGAGCAGCUUCUACGUGAACUGGAGGACCAGAGAAAUGACUUAAAGCAGCGAGUCAAGGAGAAAGAUGAUGCUACCGGCGAUCUACGGAAACAUAUCAACAAACUGGAAAGCGUCAACCGGACGGUUCAGAGUGAGAAAAGCAAACGGGAAAAGCUCCUGCAGCAGAGAGAAGCUGAACGGAAGAAGCGAAGUGAGGAUAUCGCUAGAUGGGACGAGAGGGAAGUUGAAAUACGGGAUGAACUUGUCAACCUGGAGAAGGAGAAAACCCGCAUUGAGGAAGAGUCCACUACCAAAUUAGAAGAAUACCGGCGCAAAAUCGCAGAGGAGCAAGGCGACAUGAAGCAGAUUGACGAAGACAUCAAGGUCACGGGGAGCCGCAUCAAGGCUUUGGAGGAGGAGAGACGGCGUCCCGGGGCCGAUGACAAUGAAGAAGGCAGAGAAUUGGAACGCGUGGAGAGAGAACCAGAACAGUUUUGGGAUGGGAAAAUGGCAGGCCUCCGUUCUCAGUAUGCGUCUCUCAUGAACGUACACACUCAGGCCCAACAACAGUACUAUGAGGCUCAAGACAGGCUGCAGUGGACAAAUGCCCAAUGGGCUAAUACCCCUGGGCCGUUUGGCCCAGUUGCUACUCCUGACUUGGCCCUUAAUAGAAGAACAAGCAGUCGUAGGCGUAACCGCCAUCGGAGCUCUCUUACCAGCAACAUGUCGUCACCUAUUAGCUUUCCCUUGGUUGAUACAGCGUUCUCGAAUCCGAACUAUGGCCAGGUUGGGACUAACUCCCCAACCUUCACGUCUGGCCCUGCUUUUUUUAAUAUCAAUAAUGGGAUGACCAUCGCAGAUCCUGCGGAUGAAACCAGCCCGGUCCGUACUGAUACUGAAAAUCCACCCAUGAGCCCUCGCGCCGAUGCAUUACUGCCUUCUGAUCUCCUUGGAGACGAAGAGCAAAGUAUUGGCGAAGAAUUAGAAAUCACUCCCUUCCCUACAAUUCCUACUUCAGUGGCUCCUACUGCUCCAUUUGAAGGACUUCUACCCAAUUCGCCGUCGCCCCUUUCAUCUGGCAGCGAUCCCACAAGCAUCUUUGCCAGUCCCCAUGGCAGUUUAAACAACCUUCAUGAUACCGAUCGUAACACAUGUCAAACCACCAUACCCGGGUCAUCCCAGCCCCCACCAACUGGAGCUCAGAGCGCAUCCAGACGGCUGUCGGGGCUUUUUGGGUUUAAUCGCCAAAGGGGUAAGACCAUGGCUGACGGACCCCCGUUACUUGGAAGCCUCAAGACGGGUCAAAGUCAGUCAUUCCCAAGAAAUCUGGAUGACGAGUUUGAUCCUAUAGGCACGAGACGCCGUCGUUUGAGCUACACCACAAACUGGGCGAAUCCAAUGACCACCCUCUUCCCACGUAACAAUACGUCGCAUCUCACGGGUGACAGCUCCUCUGACCGUCUACCUGCAGGGAGACGGGCAAUGUUCCCUAGUUUUUUCACCUCUGGAAGACAUGGUUCUGGAGUUUCCCCUAACCACAAUCAGCCACCACUCAAUUCACCAGAUGCAAGCAAAGGGUAUAACCAAUUCAGCCCUCGCCAUGACCCGAUAGACCCCUCUAUUCUUGGGACUGUUCGACGAAAUUCUCUAUCUCCCCGACCUUCCUCAACUUAUUCGUUUGAAAACGCCCUUCCACGACCGACAAUGGAGAAUCAGCCGUUUGGAUGGCCCUCAUCCGACAAGGCCGGCAGUUCUGGGCAUGAUUGGAUAUCCCCGACUGCAUGGUCACGGAACCAGUCUCGUCGCCCUUCAAUACAAGUAGGUUCAACAGGCCACCUGCCUCUCGGUCUACCUACUGAAUUAGAGUACGAUGAAGCUCCAUAUGAGCCACAGAGACCUAUUCAAGCUCCCAUUGGAACUCGACCUCCAUCCUCCCAUCGCCCUGUCACCCCAAAACUAAACCCUGCCGCACCCUCCUUCACAACAUUUUUUGGUAAGAAACUAGACAGGCCAAAGUCAAAGGACUCAGAGCCUCCGAAGUCUCGUGGAGAAGACUCCGCUCACGAAGAACUGUCACCACCUGCCUCUCGGCGCUCUAAGGAUUCUCGAUCCAUCCGAACAGCAACCACCGAGUCUCACGAAUCCCUAGAGCAAGUUCCCUCCGCUACUCCAUCUGAAUCAGUCAGCACAAAGGAAUCAUUUAUCCAGAAACUCACCCGCAAAGGAAGCUCAAGCAAGUUUAACAUGCCCUGGAAGGAUCGGGCCAGCCUCUUCUCUAAGAAGGGAGACUCAUCCGGACAAGGCGAGGCUGACGGCGAGGGCAUUGGUGAGAUGCACCUGGAUAAAAGCAACGAGAGCGCCAUAUCACUUGGUGAUAAAUCCGGGGAGAAAUCUAGCAAAGGAAGCCUCGGGUUUGGGUUCAUGCGCAAGUCAAAAAAGACAGAGAAAGCGCCGAGUGAAUCCAGUGGGAUAGCGAGCGAGACAGGAGACGAGUCAGUGUCCGAAGAUACAUGA